AUGCCAUCGAAGUCAAAGCCAGGAGACGAGCAGUAUCCACCUCAGGAUGUUCAUUAUUUGAAAGAUAUCGUAAUCGGGUCAAAUGAACCAGAACCCUUUUAUGGCAAUUAUCAAGCAGAUGUGCCAAUUGCAAUCGAUUUAGGAACGUCUACUUGGAGAGUAGGAUUAACUAACAGCACUGAACCAAAUAAUGUGUUUCCAGCCGUGAUAUCGAGACACAGAGAUAGAAAGCUUUCGAAAACAUUAACCAUCAUUGGAAAUGAUGUCUAUAGUGACUCGGCAUUGAAGUCAACUACAAAAACUCCCUACGAUGGACCUUUGAUUACCAAUUGGGACUAUAUUGAAUCUAUGCUUGAUUACUCGUUUGAACAUUUAUCUGUGCAGAGUACUAAUGGGAAGGUGAAUAAUCCUAUAAUAAUGACAGAGCCAUUGACUUGUCCGUACAACCAACGAAAGACAAUGUACGAACUCCUAUUUGAAGCUUACCAAAUUCCAAAGGUUUCGUUUGGGCUUGAUUCGCUAUUUUCGUACUACGCCAAUUCAAAUGGAAGGUCCACCGGUUUAGUCAUUGGCACGGGAAAUGAACUGACUUCGAUAAUUCCAGUGCUCGAUGGUAAAGGAAUGUUAUCUCAAGCAAAAAGAAUCGAUUGGGGUGGAGAUCAAUCACAGCAGUAUUUGUCCAAGCUUUUGAGCUUAAAAUAUCCUUAUUUCCCAAAUAAAUUGAAUGUUAAUCACACGACAAAUUUGUUCAAAGAUUUUUGCUAUGUUUCAGAGAAUUACCAGGAGGAAUUAGAGCAUAUAUUAGAUAUGGAUGUCUUGGAGAAGAAAGAUGUUGUGGUGCAAGCGCCAGUUGAGAUAACUGUUAAUAAUGAAAACAAAAAGAGUGAGGAAGAGUUGGCGAGACAGGCGGAGAAACGGAAAGAGCAAGGGAAGCGAUUGCAAAAACAGGCUCAGCAAAAGAGGAUAGAGAAGCUUGCUCAGAAGCAAGAAGAAUGGGAUUACUAUUCAAAAUUGAAAGAGGACAAUGCAGAUUUGCCUGCGCCAGAAUUUGAGAGUUUAAUAAUGCGCGAUGGAUUUGACGAUCUUGAUGACUUUAAAAAAUACAUGGGCUCUUUGGAAAGGUCGUUAAAGAGAGCAGCUCACGCCGAAGACGAUGGUGGUGACGAAGACGAGGAUAUGGACCCAGCAAAGGCAUGGCCGUUGGUUGACAUACCCGAUGAUCAAUUGACUCCGGAUCAAAUAAAAGAAAAGCGGAAACAGAAACUACUCAAAGCCAAUGCAGAAGCGAGAGAGCGCAACAAAGAGUUGAAGAGACAGGAACAAGAGGAGCAAAUGCUACGCGAAGAAGAAGAACAGAGAUGGAGGGACCGCGAUUUGGAUGAUUGGAGCACCACCAAAAAAGUUGAAUUGGCAGAGCUUAUUAGCAAAUUCAAGGAUAGACAGAAGCUACUCGAGUCUAUGAAGGAUAGAAAAUCAGCUGCAGCACAGCAGCGUAUGAAAAAUAUCGCUGACUUGGCAAAUGAUGAGACAGGGUCCACCUCCGCAGCUUCUAGAAAGAGACGUCGUAAUGCCAAUACGACUAUUGAUAACGACCCAAAUGACACAUUUGGAACGAAUGAUGAUGAUUGGAAUGCAUACAGAGAAAUUUCAAAUCAGAGUGUGGAGGAGGAGUUGGAGGAACUAAAUAAGGGUAUACUCGCUAUUGAAGAUAAACUUUUGAAAUAUGAUCCAACUUUUCACCAUGAAGAUACUUUUGCCGCUGCCACCACAUUUGAUUGGAAAAACCUGGUGCUUCACAAGUUUGUCCAUGGUCCUAGACCUAACAUUACAAUUGAAAUGCAGGCCGAGGGCUUGUCUCCAGAGGAAAUUGUGAACCAUCCCGAAAUCAUCAGAAAGAAUCAUCAAAUUCAUUUAAACGUUGAACGCAUUAGAGUCCCCGAGAUAUUGUUUCAACCAACACUAGGCGGUCUUGACCAAGCAGGCAUCACCGAGAUUUCCAGCGAUUUAUUGCGUAGGCGUUUAGAUGGAGUUUUUCAACCCGGUGGUCAAUCUUAUGCCAUGGCUAACGAUGUAUUUAUAACUGGAGGAUUGGCAUUGCUUCCUGGUUUCAAAAACAGGAUACAGAGAGAUUUCACGCAGUUCUUACCAACGGGCACCCCGCUACACGUACGCGCUGCUAAGGACCCCUUAUUGGACGCAUGGCAUGGUAUGUAUAAGUGGGCUAAUUCGGAUGACUCAAAACAUGCUUACGUGACAAAAGCGGAAUUUGAAGAAUACGGACCAGAGUAUAUAAAAGAACAUGGGUUGGGCAAUGCUUGUAUUAUAUAG